AUGUCUUUUGCCACGCAAGCAUUUCCUGCCGCGUGCGGCGAGCCAAGCUCUGCUACCAACAUCCGGCCUGUGAACGGGUCUGUGGGCGGCACGUCAGCCGGAGACGACUCAGAUCGCAAGCUGCGCACUCUCUCGCGCAUUCUAGACAAACGGCGCGGAGGCCGCAAGCGCCUGGCAGCCAGGGGGGCGAAGCUGGCCAACUUGAUUGUCAAUCGCCUCCUUGUUUCUGAGGGUGCGGCCGCGAUGGGGGUUGCCCUGGUAUCUGAGGACCUGCGUGGCGAGAUCCAUAUACCUCUUGACUACUGCUGGCUCCCCUUGCCUGGAGUUUUGCUGAGCGGUCUAUUUACCAAAGUCCCGUAUCACACCAUCUGUGAAGACAUUGGAAUUCCCAACCUCGCUCCUCUGCAGUUCACACCCUUCCUCUCAACAGGAUUUGUAGCGGUAGGGUUCGAGAUGUCCGAGAUAAGGAAAGCAUGGGAUGUGUCUGUCUCCAAACACUUGGAAUUGCAGGCGAUUCGUGGGCGAUACAACUUUGGUGAUGGCGCGGCCGCCGGCUUCUCCGGUAGGCAGGGCAAUCCUCAUAGCCAGACGUUCUUUUGCAAAGCCUGCACAGUACGUCCGGCAUCCGGUCGAGGUCACAGUGGCCGGCAUGUGGGUGGCAACGUCACCGCCAUGGUGAUUGACCUCGAUGAUACAGUGGAAUCAGGCACGAAGUACCCAUGA